CCUCGGACUCACAACCUUAUUGGUUGUGAUCUCUCUGUCUCACAACCCCGGGGAGGAGCUUCUGCAAACUUAAAAGGCAAGAUCUUGCCCCAGUUUACUGCGUAGCUUUCCAAAGCAAGUCUGCCAGUUUUCUGUCUUAUUCUGAGGUUCGCCAGGUCAUGGUGCCAGCCUGACUGAGAAGAGGACGCUCCCGGGAGACGAAUGAGGAACCACCUCCUCCUGCUGUUCAAGUACAGGGGCCUGGUGCGCAAAGGGAAGAAAAGCAAAAGACGAAAAUGGCUAAAUUCAAGAUCCGUCCAGCCACUGCUUCCGACUGCAGUGACAUCCUGCGACUGAUCAAGGAACUGGCUAAAUAUGAAUACAUGGAAGAUCAAGUAAUGUUAACUGAGAAAGAUCUCCUAGAGGAUGGUUUCGGAGAGCACCCCUUCUACCACUGCCUGGUUGCAGAAGUGCCUAAAGAGCACUGGACCCCUGAAGGUUACAGUCUCUAGCUUCGCCAUGUACAUGGCCCUUCUGUGUACAUGGAUGGGCGGGGAGGUAACUAAAAGAUCCUUUACACAAUAAAGUAGAUGAUCAUGAUAAAUGAGGACACAGCAUUGUUGGUUUCGCCAUGUACUAUUUUACCUAUGACCCAUGGAUUGGCAAGUUAUUGUAUCUUGAAGACUUCUUUGUGAUGAGUGAUUACAGAGGCUUUGGUAUAGGAUCAGAAAUUUUGAAGAAUCUAAGCCAGGUUGCCAUGAAGUGUCGCUGCAGCAGUAUGCACUUCUUGGUAGCAGAAUGGAAUGAACCAUCUAUCAACUUCUACAAACGAAGAGGUGCUUCUGACCUGUCCAGUGAAGAGGGAUGGAGGCUCUUCAAGAUUGACAAAGAGUACUUGCUAAAAAUGGCAGCAGAGGAGUGAGGAGUGCUGGUGUAGACGAUGACAACCUCCAUUAUACUUUAGAAUAAAUUCUCAACUUAUCUUGCUUUCUAUCUCAUUUGUAGUGAAAUAAUAGCGUGAGCACCCAUUCCAAAGCUUUAUUACCAGUGGCGUUGUUGCAUGUUUGAAAUGCAGUCUGUUUAAAAUGGCAGUCAUGUAUGUGGUUUGGAGGCAGAAUUCUUGAACAUCUUUUGAUAAACAACAAGGUUGUGUGAUCUUACUAUAUAUGAAAAACAAAACUUCAUUCUUGUGAGUCAUUUAAAUGUGUACAAUGUACACACUGGUACUUAGAGUUUCUGUUUUGAUUCUUUUUUUAAUAAACUACUUUGAUUUAAUUUUCAGCAUAAGCA